CCCAAGGAUUUUGGCCCAAGGGGAGGUUUCUCAGUCGGCAGGGUGAGGCUGCCCGCUCCUCCAGCACCCUACCCGCACGCUCAGCCCGCGCGCGAUGCUUCAGGAUUUCGGGGCGGCUCUCGCCGCGCAGGGGAACGGCGAGGCAGCGCGCACCGAGUCCGACGGGCUCAGCCUGGCCCGCACGCAGUGCUCCUCGGGAGAGUUGCUCGACCUCGGCGACGACCACGGCGCCAGCGCUCACACGGAGAGCUGGGGCGCUUCCGCGCUGCCGAGGGACGGCGAAGCGCCGGCCCUCUUCCAGACGGCGCGCCCCGAGAUGGUCCUCCUCGGGGGCGGGCGCCCCCAGGGUGGGCCUGCCGUGCCGCGUCGCCUCCGGUCCGCGGCGUUCUGGGAGCAGAGGGCCGCAGCCACCGCCCGGCGGCCGGGCUGCUCGCCGUGGGAGCUGGGCCCGAGGAAGCGCGGUCCGUGCCACGACGAGGAGGCCUAGUCGCUCGGGGUGCCAUCGCAGACGACUCCGCACGGUGCGGGCUUCGCAGCAGGAGCGCGGUCGCAGGGUGAUUCGGGCACGGCAACUUGCCAGGUGCUUGCGCUUCCGCGGCGGAUUGCUUGCAUGUCUCUUUUUUGUUGCAGUGGAGCCGCAGAGAGGCAACCGCUGCGCGCCAUCUGCCCUGAUGCUUGCUUAGGGGAUCUCGAGUUUCCGCAAGCCGCCCUAGUAUUGGGCAUGGGCUCACGCCCAUAAAUGGGAGUAUGUCAUGUAACAGGGAACUGGAUCCCCCGACCACGGGCCGCACACUUUUUCAAACAUCCCUUUAUCCCCUGGUGUCACCUUUUAGUCCUGGCGGGGUCCUGACUUUUUUCGGGGCGUUUCCGGGCCGGGCUCGCUGUUGGGGGGCCGCCAAAGAGCCCCCAAAGCGAUGAGACAGCCGUCCCGACGGCCCAAGACUGUCCCGAGCCGCCCCGACGACCCAAGACGGCCCAUCUUGGGGCGAUCUUUGGUGCUCUUGGGGGCCUCCAGAGCCAAGUUGAAAAGAGAUCGGGAG